AUGAAGUUCACAACUGCCACUUUCACUGUUGCUGCCCUUGCGGCCAGCACCGCUGCAUUUCCCAUGGCGCACAAUGGGACUGCCACUCACAUGGUCACUAAGACCGUCCGACUCGAAGCAGGUAGCCCCAAGCCAGUUACAACUCCCUCCGCCUCGAGCGAUAAGUUACUCAAAUUGAUCAUCGAAAAUCUUGAAGCGGGAGAGGCUGGUACUAUCCAAAAGCGCAAGCUGGAUGCUAUUGAGAACAGUCUCAGCUCUGCUAAUGCCAAGAAGCUUAGCGCCCGCCAGACCGAGGAUCUUCUCUCCCUCCUGGGACUCGGUGACGCUGGUGAGGAUACUCCCAGCGGAGCUGAAGGUCUCCUCGAUGGCCUUGGUGGUGCAGAUGGUGGCGAUGGGGGUGCGUUGGGUGGCCUCGAAGACUUGCCGGGAAGCGUCCUUGAUCUUGGUUCCGAUGCCACUGGCGAUCUGGGAGGCCUUGAGAGUUCUCUUGGAGGACUGGGUGGAAACCCUGGAGGAGAAGGCGGCGAUCUUGGAGGAUUGACUGACAGCGUUGGGGGCCUCGGUGGUGGCCUGGAAGGUCUAGGUGGAGAUUCUACAGGACCUACCAAGGAAGACGGUGGAAACCAGCUUGUGCCAGACCAGGACGGCAAGCAAGACAACGGUAAAGGCCCUGAUCUGGAAUCCAUUACCGAAUCCCUCCCGAAGCUGUCGGGCAACGACAAGGGAAAGACCCCUGAUGUCAACGGUACUAUUUCAUCUCUUCCGAGUCACAAGGGCAAGCCCGAAGAGGGAGAGGGUCACAAGGACAAGUCCAAGGAUGGAAACGAUACUAAGGGCAAGACCGACGAUGAGAAGGCUAAUUAA